AUGAUUGGGGAUUGGACUGCUCUUGGACAAAAGCCGACUGAACGCCCGUAUCAAGGAGGAACAACGAAGGCAAAAAGGAAUCGGGUCUCCGUUUUCUUCAACUUCAACAAAAGAAACAGUCGAUCGAUUGCGAGGUCGAGGCUGUCUCCGGCGUUUGCGAGGCCGAAGGGGAAAAAGAUCGAAGCGGCGGGGAAGAGGCGCACGAGGGUAGUGGCGUCGCUCCGGGUGUUUGGUCGAACCGAAGGAAGAGAAGAGGUAAAACCAGCGAGGGUCUCCCUCUUUCCCGUCCGGCUGCCAGGUGCGAGGUCCGGCUUCGCAAGUCGAUGUGGUCUCCGGGGCUUCGUCGCAGAGAAGGAAGAAUAUGAAUGUGAAAGGGGUUUGUUUUCUUGGCUGGUUCGAUCGUCAUCAACACAAGAAGGAGGAGGAAGUAUUGACGAAUGGAGCAGGGGAAGGACGAAAGUGGUGACAAGGGGCUAUGGGGAAACACCCACUUCGGUGGGUUUUGUUCUCGGUGGUUUUAAGGCAGUGAAUGCUAUGAACAGUAGAUGGAAUGGUUUCAAUGGAAGGAUAACAGGAACUUUGCUUGCGGUUUUGUUUAGGAUAAAGCUCGGAAGUAAUCAGUGACUGGUAACUGGUUGUACAAUAACAGGCAUAAGUUGUAUUGUAUAAGGUUUUUUAUUUUUUUUUUAAUUUUUUUUGUGUGUGUAUUUUGUGUAUUAUGUAUUUGUUUCAUUAUGUAAUGUGUGUGUAUUGAUGUAUGUUUUAAUUGGGUAUGUAUUUGUGUUUAUUUGUU